AUGCCACCAAUACAUCCUCCAGAGCACCAGCUAGACGUAUGUCCUCCCAAGUGGAGUGAAGUGGAAAGAACUGUUCGUCGAGCAAGAGCUGCAUCCUCUCCUGGGCCUAAAGGAGUCCCUUACCGGUUUUAUAAAAAUGCACCAGAUGUGUUGCGCUUUCUCUGGAGGCUAAUGAAGGUGGUGUGGCGGAAACAAACGAUACCAACAGCUUGGCGAAGGGCCGGAGGCGUCCUAAUCCCUAAGGAGGAGGACGCUGCUGACAUCAGCCAGUUUCGACACAUCAGCCUCCUAAAUGUUGAAGGCAAGAUCUUCUUCAGCAUUGUAGCUCAAAGGCUAGCUGCGUACCUAGACAGAAACAAAUACAUUGACACAACAGUGCAGAAAGCAGGGAUACCAGGCUUUUCUGGUUGCUUGGAGCAUACAAACAUGAUAUGGCAUCAAAUCCAAGCUGCCAAAAAGGAGGGAAGAGAUCUCCAUGUCGUGUUCUUGGACCUCGCCAACGCCUUUGGUUCAGUUCCUCAUAAUCUCCUGUGGACUGCAUUUGACCUGUUCAGCAUCCCUCAGGCUAUCACCACUCUUGUCAAAUCCUAUUUCCAGGACGUCCAGCUAUGCCUCACAACUGAGGAGUACACCACAGCAUGGCAGCGUUUGGAUAUAGGGAUCAUGGCAGGAUGCACCAUCUCCCCUCUGGCCUUCACCAUGGCAAUGGAGGUCAUCAUCCAAGCUUCUCGAUGGGUGGUAGGAGGUCAGCAGCUCAAAGCUGGUCUUCGUCUCCCUCCCAUCAGAGGGUACAUGGAUGACAUGACCACACUCACAACAACCAUGCCAUGCACUAGACAACUGCUGAAAAAGCUCCAGGAGAACAUUGAGUGGGCCCGGAUGAAGAUAAAGCCAAGCAAAUCCAGGAGCAUAUCAGUUGUCAAGGGUAAGCUGUCAGAGCAGCGCUUUUACAUCGGCGAGGAACCCAUACCAACAGUGUCAGAGAACCCAGUGAAGAGCUUAGGGCGCUGGUACGAUGCCAACCUCAAGGACAAAGUUCAAGUGGACCAGCUUAGGCACGACACAAUCUGCGGCCUUGAGAGAAUCGACAAGUCCUUGCUUCCUGGCAGGUUAAAGCUCUGGUGCCUCCAAUUCGGUCUUCUACCCCGGCUGAUGUGGCCUCUUACCAUCUAUGAGGUUGAGAUCAUGAGGUUGAUCAGCUCGUUUGCCAAAAGGUGGCUGGGUCUUCCCAGGUGCUUCAGCAACAUAGGGUUGUAUGGAAGAGGUAUUCUGGAGCUGCCUGUGUCCAGUCUCACAGAGGAAUUCAAGUGCUCCAAAGUAAGGCUGGAAAUGACACUAACGGAAUCCCGUGACCCAUGUGUAGCCCAAACAGCUCCUACUCUGGCGACCGGAAGGAAAUGGACUCCAAGCGCAGCUACACAGCAGGCAAAGGCAGACCUAAGGCACCGUGACAUCAUUGGCCUUGUACAACAGGGGAGAGGAGGCUUUGGCCUCGGAGAGAGCGGACCAUCUUGGCACAAGGCAGUUCCAUCUCAGCGCAGAGGUCUGGUCGUUGAGGAGGUGCACCGGCAAGAGCAGGCAACAAGGUGCGCAAAGGCUGUCUCCCAAUCGAAACAGGGACAGUGGAUGAGGUGGGAGGGAGUUGAGAGAAGGAAGUUCUCUUGGAAGGAACUGUGGAGUAUGGAAGCAUUUCACACCAGCUUCAUCUUACGAGCAACGUAUGAUGUCUUGCCAUCUCCCAGUAACCUUCAACAAUGGUACGGAGAAGAUCCAACGUGCCCACUCUGCCCAUCUUCAGCAAACCUUAAACACAUCCUGGUUGGCUGCAAGACAGGCCUGACUCAAGGCCGUUACACCUGGCGGCACAACCAAGUACUGAAGUGCCUUGCUGCUAUGCUGGAGACCAGAAGAACAACCAUCAAUGCCCUACCACCAUCAUCCCAUCCUACAUCUGCAAGAGGUUUCAUCUGUGAAGGUGCAAAGCCAACCAAGACCAAGGCCAGUACAACAUCAGACCUCGGUCAGCUGGGAGGAGCGCGAGACUGGAGGCUCGUGGUGGAUCUGAGUCAAAGGCUCUACUUUCCACCAGAGAUCGCCACUACGAACCUCAGACCAGACCUCGUGCUCUGGUCCUCCUCAACUAAGAAGGUGUACAUCAUAGAGCUGACUGUGCCCUGGGAGGACGCUGUAGAGGAGGCCUACGAACGAAAGAGCCUUAAGUAUGCUGAGCUGGCAGCUGAUGCUGAGCAACGUGGCUGGAAAGCCAAAGUUUGCCCAGUGGAAGUCGGCUGCAGAGGCUUUGUGGGUAAGACAACUACCAGGCUGCUUAGGGAUUUGGGAAUUCGAGGCCAAGCCCAACGCCAAGCCAUCAAAGCCCUCUCAAGCGCUGCUGAAUGGGCAAGCCGGUGGCUGUGGGUGAAGAGGAAAGAUGCCACCUGGACCCCAAAAUAG